CUCCUCCCCCUUCUCCUUCUAACUUCUCUAAGUUCUUUAAUUUCUUCUUCUCAAACCCUCUCUUAUAUUUCCUCUAUCUCUCUCCUUAUUCCCCAUUUUCUCAAGUGAGGAACAUUUUCUCUCUCAUUCUACAAUUCAUUACCACCAAGAAAAAUAUAAAAAUGGAAUAUGAUAAGUGUUACAAAUCAAAGGCUCAAAUUCCAAAUUUUGAUUGUCUUCUUUUUGAUCUUGAUGACACUCUGUAUCCAUUAAGCUCUGGCUUAGCAACAGCUUGCAAAAACAACAUACAUGCUUAUAUGGCUGAAAAGCUUGAGAUAGAAAACAGCAAAAUCCCAGAGUUGAGCAACUUACUUUACAAGAAUUAUGGAACAACAAUGGCUGGUCUCAGAGCCAUUGGCUAUGAAUUUGACUAUGAUGAAUAUCACAGGUUUGUCCAUGGAAGAUUGCCUUAUGACAACCUAAAACCUGAUCCCAUUUUAAGAAACCUUCUCCUCAGCCUCCCUUAUAGGAAACUUAUCUUUACCAAUGCAGACAAAGAUCACACUGCCAAAGUACUUAACAAACUUGGAUUAGAAGACUGUUUUGAAGGCAUUAUAUGCUUUGAAACCCUCAAUCCUACACAAAAAAGUCCUGUUUUAGAUGAAAAAGAGCAUCCAAGUACUGAAAUAUUUGACAUAAUUGGCCAUUUCUUUCAACCAAAUCCUCUAAUGGAGUUGCCAAUUACACCUAUUGUCUGCAAACCAUCAGAAGCUGCCAUUGAAUGGGCUCUCAAGAUUGCCAACAUUGACCCUCAAUCAACAUUGUUUUUUGAAGAUAGCCUUCGGAACAUUCAAGCAGGCAAGCGACUUGGGCUUCAAACUGUGUUGGUUGGCACUUCCCAUAGAAGUAAAGCAGUAGAUUAUGCAGUUGAAAGCAUUCACAACAUAAAGGAAGCAAUACCAGAGCUUGGUGAAGUUGAAUUAAGGAAAUCAGAACUCAAUUACUCAGCCAAUAAUAAUGUAGCAGUGGAGACUUCUGUGACAGCAUAACAAAUCAUAUCUUUAUUUGGACUUAAUAAUAAUAAUAACAAUAUUCUAUGUCAAAAGUUGAAUAAAAUUGCUGUUCAAUCCUCAGUCCUUCACAUUUUAAUAUGAUUUUCUAGUGGUUGUGAUUUGUUUGUUGUGUACAAAUUAUCAAAUGUAAUCCAUCCUCUGUUCUUGGCUUUUUUCUAACAAUAAUAAAUGAAAUGUUGUAUAGCCUUCCUAAGCUCCAA